GCAACGCAAACCAAACAGGAAGAGAUGUUAGCAAUUGUUUCGAGAUGGUCGGCGCAAAGUCGAAGAAUGCUUAUUUUUCAAAAGAUUGACCACUGCCAAGACCCUCGUGAUCAUUGAAAACCCAAACGCUGUGUCAACAUGAAUGAACAAUUUCAUGUCCUAAAUGAUGCUUACAGAWGUUUAUUGUCGAGAACAUCACCCAGCAAAAUGAGUAGCCAUGAGUUGGCAUCCUCCAUGUUCACAUGUGUAUGUGAACUGACUCUUGAUGCCAGUGAUGGUUCUCAUUCUCAGCAUCCCCUAACGUCCUCCAAAUAUUCUCCAAACCCAAAUGGAACUGAACUGGCUUGUCUUGUGUUGACUCUGGUGGAGAAAAUAAGCUCCAAGCUGACAUCUCAACAACUGUCUCAAGAAACCAGCCUUUACUUCAAAGAUGUUUCUACAGUAUUAUUCCAGUAUAUGGAUUUUAUGUCCAAACUUGUUCACCUUGCCUGCUGCAAGGACAGGUUGCUGUCUCAUCUAGCUGCAAAGAGUGUAUCCUCCUAUGUUAUUUUUGAGCUGCGUUGCUUUAAUACAGUCAACCAGAUUUGGGAAUGGAAGUGCUUGCAAGUGCUCCAGAACCGUUGCUCUGGCAACGAACUGGAUGCAUGCACAUGGUCACUUACCACUGUCCUGAAAGCAGUUCUAAAAGAAACAUCAGAAUAUAAACCUGGGACUUUGGAGAAACUUCUUGCCACAUUCGACACAGCUCUCACUGCUGCUUACUCCCAGCUUGUCCCUGUAGAGAYUCUGGGCCAUGGGAACUCUGCGUCAUACCCUAGUAGUAACACGGCAGACUGGGCUACAACUCUGACUAACCUCCUAGACUUACUGGAAGUGCUCACUGCAGCCAGGUUCAAACUAAGCACCACCAGUGUCUGUUUCACCAGCUCAAGGCUCUCCUUCGUACAGGCAUCGGCGCUACUGCGGAUAGUCCACUCUCAUGUCCAUUACUUUGUGAAGAAGCAAGUGCUUCUGCUUUUAAAGAGGAUUCUCCUUCAGAAGGCAGGCGAGGACAUGGGUUUUGGCGAGGGGUCCUCCCUAACGCAUGGAGAUGAUCACAUGACCAGUGACAUUCUUACACUGGCUGAUGAUGUGUUGCAGGCAGUGCACACUGAUUGGUUACAGUGUGUUCCAGUGGAGUCGGUGGCCUUUUUCUUUGGAGGGACGGGACAAUUGUGUGGCGGGAGCAGUGAUGCGUUCGAUCAUGUGAUGCUGAGGGCUGUUAGUCUAGUUGUGCUCAAGUCACUGGAAUACAAAAUCCAAUCCGCUGGUGGGAAAGGUAAUAUAGGACUAUUUGUAAAUGUUAUUAACCAUAUCUACGCUAYGCACAAUGUUUAUUCUACCUUAAAGGUAGACUCACAUAGCAUCCAUGGCUAUUUAAGUGCGUUGCUGCUGUUCCUGAGCCAGCGUGGGGUCCAGCUGAAGCAGGGAUCUCACUCCUGCUGCUGGGUGUCCUUGGUGUUUGGAGAGCAGGACGACGACAUGAUGGAAGCAGCAAAGGCUUUACUCCUACUAUACCUCCAUCACAGAGACUGCAAGAGGUUGGACAACAUGGUGAACAAGUGUCCUCUGACCUGGAAGCUGAUGCUGCGUGUGUUGUCGGCGGCAACCCCCUGUCACUUUUCUCUUCCUCCUCGCAGCAUCUCCUUCGACACAGCAUUUCUCCUCGAUUUCCUCAUCUCAAGAACCUGCUUCCUCGAGUACUUUGUCCGUUACCUAAAACACCUCCGGGACGACUGGGAAGGCUUCCGAACGGUCUGUCAGAAGAUAGAUGGGUCGGACCGGUGUAAACUGAGCUGGAAGAUUAGCCAGAAAGACGAUCAACUAUUGGACAACCUGAGAGAGGAACUCCAGCAGUUAUUGUGUGUCUCUCGUGGAAGCGUGUCUACUUCCAGCCAUUCUGGAGGAUCAGUUACCAUCGUGGACCCAGAGCCAGCUCCAUGUCUGCAGCCCAGCUUGUGUCUGCCUUCGGAAGUGCAACUGCCCUGGCUCUACUCCCCCUCUCCGUCUGGUGGACUACGGCAGCUCAGAGGAGUCUGAGACUGAGGAGGUGACCUCCCAUCAGGCCUUAAACAGGAGAGGCUACACAGCGACUUUGUGGUUCACACACACAACAGCCACUCUUUUGAUAGGACGGUUAUGUGUCUGACAAGAGCUCAGAGUGGUGGUGACUAACUGCAGAGGAGGAGUCUGUUCCCUUACAAUGCUACUCGCUCUUGAAACUGCUGACACAGAUUGAAGCGAAGAAAUGACAAAAUAAUGUUACAUGGUGGUAAAUGCA